AUGGCUACACGGGUCAGCACAGCGAUGUUCCCCUUGAUGUUGACUUUGUUUCUGGGAGCCUCAUCUUUCGUUUGGCCCCUGGCUCCUGCAGUGGCCUCCCAGCUGCCGCCCUGCCAGCUCAUCAACCAGACAGUGUCUCUAGAGAAGGAGGGCUGUUCCAAGUGUCACCCUGUGGAAACAACCAUCUGUAGUGGUCACUGCAUCACCAAGGACCCUGUCAUUAAGAUACCAUUCAGCAACGUUUAUCAGCAUGUGUGCACGUACCGGGACUUACACUACAAGACAUUUGAGCUUCCUGACUGCCCGCCCGGUGUGGACCCGACCGUCACAUACCCUGUGGCUUUGAGCUGCCACUGUGGCCGCUGUGCCAUGGACACGUCUGACUGCACCUUCGAGAGCCUGCAGCCCAACUUCUGCAUGAAUGACAUACCUUUCUAUUACUAGACCCAACUAAUAGAACUGUUGUAAAUAAAGAUUAUUAC